CUGCACUGGGCAGCAGAGAGGGGUCACGUGGCGGCGGCCAGCUGCCUCGUCGGCGCCGGCGCGGAGGUCGACGCCAGGGACACCUGGGAGCAGUUGACGCCACUGCACUUGGCUGCAGAGAGUGGCCACGCUGGUGUGGUGCGGCUGCUGGUCGGCGCCUCUGCUGACCCCAACGCCAGGGAUGGGCAGGGGCGGACGCCGCUGCACAGGGCGGCAGAGGAGGGCCACGCAGAGGCGGCGGCUGAGCUCCUCCUGGCGGGGGCGGACAGGGGGGCCCGGGAUGACGAAGGCAGGACCCCCCUGGACGUCGCCAGGGAGAGGGGAAAGCGGGAGCUGGUGCGUAUGCUGAGACAACGCUGACAUACGGCACUCAGGAAACAC